AUGAUACCCAACAAACGCACUGUUUUCUUCAUGAUCAUCUAUCUGCUCGAGUCCUUGACAAUAAUUGUGCAGAGUAGCUUAAUUGUUGCAGUGCUGAGCAGAGAGUGGGUGCAGGUCAAAAGGCUGUCACCUGUGGACAUGAUUCUCAUCAGCCUGGGUGUCUGCCGCUUCUGUCUACAGUGGUCAUCAGUGCUAUACAACUUUUGCUCCUAUUUCAACCCUGACAAUGAACUUUGGUACAUAGGAGUCAUCUGGGAAUUUACUAAUACUCUUAUAUUCUGGUUAACCAGCUUGCUUGCUAUCGUCUACUGUGUCAAAGUCUCUUCCUUCACCUACGCCAUCUUCCUCUGGCUGAGGUGGAGAAUUUUGAGGUUGAUUCCCCGGCUGUUGCUGGGCUCUCUGAUGAUUUCCUGUGUGACAAUCAUUGCUUCAGCUAUUAGACAUCACCUCAAGAGUCAGUUAACCUCCAUGAUGCAAUUACCUGGAAACAACACGGAGACUGAGACACUUAAGACAUUUUUGGAGAAAUAUUACGCAAGUCAGCAUCUGGCAAUGCUGUUCAUUCCUUUCCUCCUGUUCCUGACCGCCACCAUCUUGCUCAUAGCCUCGUUGUCCCAACACUUGAGGCAGAUACGACAUCACAACGCCGGCCACAGCAAGUCCAGCAUGAAAGUUCAUGCCACUGCCCUAAAGUUCUUUGCCUUCUUCCUCAUCUACUUCACCUCUUACUUUUUGACCAUAAUCAUCUCCACUAAAUACAUCCUAGGAUAUAAGAGUUCCUGGUUCUGGGCCUGGGAAACUAUCAUCUAUGCUACAGUCUCUAUUCAUUUAACUUCACUCAUGCUGAGUAGCUCUACGUUGAAAAAGGGUUUAAAGGUAAGCUGCAAUGGCCCAAAGCUGCCUGAGACUCUGGGUACAAUAAGACCUUGA